CAGUGCUGUCAGUACGAGAGCGCAGCGCAAACUCUCUUAUCAAGAAGGUCCUUUUCGAAAAAUGAACCACAGACGCUAAAGACGCACAAAAUAUUCCUCAUUUCCCAACUUGUGAUAAUUUGGUCAAGAUGUCGAAUUAUAUGUUGUCCAUUACAAAAGUUUGUUUCCUGGUCCACCUAUUGCUGGAAGGACUGCAACGUUCAGGUGGUGUAUUCUUCUUGGACAUCAGAGAAUGGUUGGGGUGUUCCAGACAACUAGCUGCCAUUCCAUUUGCACUGAACAGGGUGGUUUCUGUCAUAGUAGAAUUGUUCUUUCGAUUCCAAAGUAAUGGUGGAAGUCCAGGUCCCCUCAUCGGAUGGGGGUGCUUCCUUUCCGCAGUGGGAGUAGGUGUCUGUUUCCUAGCCAUAGAUAUCGUCUGGCAUGCGGUGUUUUGGGGCAUCAUCUUUGGUAGCGGAAUUGGCAUUGCAAUACCAAUGCUGCUUCCUCAUCUAUCACAAAUUAAAGAAAACUCUGCAAAGUCAUCUUUGAAAUCUGCAGGACCAAGCUUCGGUUGCAUGGUAUUACCUUUUUUAGUCAGCAAGCUCAUUGAUCACUAUGGUCUCAAUGGAUGCUACGUUAUACUCUCUGGCAUCAUUUUAAAUUGCUUGCCAUUUGUUUUAAUUUCCUUUUACAAGAUUCGUUUCGAAUGGCUAAAAACUGAAUGGCGCCUUCGAAGAAGAAGCAAAAGGUACGAAAUAUCCAAAAAAGAUGAAAAAAGUAAUGAUGUCUCUGUCUACAAGCCACGAAAUAUCAGAGAGUUCUAUAAUCAAAGCUUCAUGGAAAAUUUAGAACCAGAUACUUUGGAAAGAGUUUCUGUAAAGGAAGGUUCACAAAGCCUUCCAUGUAUGGAAACUAUUGACAUCUUACAACCAAUCAUUGAGGCUAAACUAAAAAUGGUAAAUCAAAUUAAUAAUAGAGAAGCUUUUGGAUUAGAUAAAAAAUAUAUGCCCAUUGCUAAUUCGGAACAAAAAGAGAUCAAUUCUGUAAAUUUACCUGAGCAGGUAGAAAGUGAAAAUGUCGUUACAAAAUCGGAGAAGCGUAUUGAUGAUAACGAAGUCAAAGCUAGUAUUUCAGAGGAUCAUGCAGAGAAUAAGAAUCAAGAUAACAAACAAGAAGUUAAAGAAAGUGUUUCUGAAGAUCACUGUUUAAAAGAUGAUGCAAAGACAAAUGAAAAGGAAACAUUAGAAGAAAGUGAAGCAACAAAUAAAGAUAAGCAAGAUCCACCUGCAGUCAUAACAACAAUAAAUCAAACUUUUCAGGUUAAAAAGGAAUUCUCAAAACAUACAAAUCAACCAUCAAAAGAGUUACGAACAAGUUUUCCUUUGGAAAUAAAAGUGCACGUUGUUGAAUGUACCAUUACAACUACAGAAGAUAUUUCUUUUUCAGAUAGAAGUAAAUUAACAGUUAAUAGGAACGGUUAUCGAAGGCAUUCCAAUUCUUUGAUAACUGCUUCCUAUGAAAACAUAGAUUUCACUCAACUUUUUCAGAAUAACACAUCUUCUCCAUUGCACAAACAACAAUGGAAUUAUGCUUCAAGAAUGUGUCUCAUAACAGAGGAAGGAGAAGAAGAUUCUGACAAUCCAAACUCGAUUUUUGUUAGCCAAGAAGUUGAAACACAGACUACAACAGACUCUUCGUCAAAACAAAGGAACUUUAGACGGACCUGCCUGGAGUUGGCCAGACCAUCAUACCUAGCAAUAAUCUAUGCCAGUGUUAUUUAUGAAUUUAGUCUGGCAGUCUUAUUAAUCAUCUAUUCAGAUUUCGCGAAGGAUAUAGGAGACGCAACAGUGACGUCCAAUAUGGUGCUGAUAGCAUUUGGCCUUGGUGGAAUAAUUGGACAACUGAGUUUCAAUCACUGGGGCAAUAAUUUAUUGGUAGAUGGAUCUCAUGCUGCUGCUGCUGUGAUUUUCAUUCUGAAUGGCUUGGCAAUUGCAGGGAUUCUAUGGUCAAUGAAUGUGGCUUGGCUUUCAGGAUUUUAUGCUCUACUGGGAUUCGUUGAAAAUGGAGUGAUAAUGAUUCUCCCAAAACUCAUUUCGGAUCAUACAGAUGAAAAAGAAAGAGCAUCGCUCUAUAUGAUAUGCAAAUGCUUGAGUGUUCUUGCGUUUAUCUGCAUUCCUUGUUCAGUCGGUCUAUCUCGAGAUGUGACUGGCAAUUAUGAUUUGCUACUGCAAGUUAUUAGCUGUAUGUCAGUCCUGUGUGCUGUCCUGUGCUAUUUCUUGCCAAAAUGGAAUGGUGCCCAACAUAUUCGAGAAGAAAGCACCGGAAGGCAUCAGAUUCAAGUGUGAUGUAUUCAGCUGGGGAAUGGUUGCUUCAUUUACUAAUGCCAACAUGUGGUUUAGGUCAGAGUUAAAAUGACUGAUAUUCUGAAAUGGCGUAUUUGUUAUGAAAUGCGAAUGGAAAUUUAAAACUAAAGCAUGGAAUGGAGCGUCGAAAACAGCUCGCGUUAAGUUAGGAAACCAGUUAAUUCAGUGGUGGAAUAGGGAUUAAUAACACCUAUGGCAAGUUUUGCAUUUUUAUUUCCCUCGCCAUAUAUUGUUUACAAAACACCUUUGAAGUGAGAUUUUCGGAACAUUUGUUCUCGCCCUUCUAUUCUCUGUCAAUACUUCACCAUGCCAUGAAUGAAUUACCAGUGCAGUCCACACAACAAAGUGUCAUGAAGUCAAUGGUCAGAAAUAUCUGUACUAAUUCUUAUCAGAAGUAAGAAGUCUUUUUAUGAUUUGAUCUGAAAGGGCUCUUGAUUGCAGCUAUUCAACUUCUUAAUAUCUCCGAAUCCUAGCCUUUUUCUUUAUCAAUCGCUUAUUAUGCAAUCGAAUUACAGCUUUUUCUGAGGACAAUCAAGUAAAUUGGGCUUCUCUUGCUUUGUUAUUCCAAAAUUAAUUUGAACUCUCCCUGGACUUUGUUUGAUUUUUUGUAUGUGAUUACAGUAUGUAAUAUUUCUAACAGGGUGGUUUAUUAGAAAUUAAAAGUAUUGUUUGAAUUUCUUAUAAAAUUUUGAUUGUAUAAUUAAAAGGCCCUGUUGCAUAAAAAUUUGCAGACAAGAAAUUUUAUUUAAAAAAUAAAUACACUUUUCAUUUUAGAGUA